GCGAUAAUUCCAAGGUGUGGGGUGAACAACAUGGUUAAAGUGCUGCUCAGUGGCGACGUCGGCGGCAACUGGGACGCUCUGCAUGCGCGCGUUGAGAAGCUGCAUACGUCGGCGCAUGGUCCCUUCGAUGUGGUGCUAUGUGCAGGUUUCUGCGAUGUCUCUGCCAAUGCCAUUCGCGCGUGGCCACUGCCAGUCUACGUAUUGGGAGGACUUGGUGAUCAACCCAAGAACACGUCGACCAACUUGCACGUCGUGUCUGAAAACAGCGUGCAUACGAUCUCUGGGUUGCAUGUGGCAUUUCUGGCGGACCCCGAGGCUGUUCAGAGCUUUCGCAGCGCGCUGACCGCUCAACCCGUCGACUUGUUGAUCACGACCGACUACCCUCAAGGAUUCGACCAGUUGGUAUCUGUGGAGCAAAUCCCGUCGUCCCUCCAACGCGUUGGCCUCCAGAGCAUUGCCGAAGCCGUGGAAAUGGCCGUGCCGCGCUACCACAUCGCAGCCACGCAUGGAUUAUUUUACCAGCGCCUGCCGUACGUGACGACCCACGGCGCCACGCGGCGGGUCACGCGCUUCAUUGGGCUAGGCCAAGUGGGGGCCUCCCCCGACAAGGACAAAAAGUGGAUGCACGCUCUCAACCUUGACGUCUUUUCUUCGUCUGCUUCUGUGGAGAUCCCGGCGGGUACGACCCAGAGCCCAUUUGAAGCCACCAAGCGACAGCGGCAAGACUCGACUGCUUUCCAACCGCGGAAGAGGCCUGGACUGUCGGCGGAAAAGGCCCAGCAAUUGAUGCAGCAAAGCAGCCAAGGGUCUAAACAGCAUUCGUUCUACGACCACACACAGCACGCGCGACUGCCGAAUCGACAAGAAUGCUGGUUCUGUCUGUCGACACCCACCGUGGAAAUGCACCUGAUUGUCAGUAUUGGCAACGAAGCGUACUUGGCCAUCCCAAAGGGCCCCAUCGUCCCCGACCAUGCGCUGAUCGUACCUAUUCAACACACUGCAUCCAUGACAACCAUCAGCGCCGCCGCUAGAGCCGAAGUGAACCAGUUCAAAGCCGCCUUGACAGCGUGCGUCUAUAAUUAAUAUUUCUGGAAAUCUAUAAUUAAUAUUUCUGGAAACCCCCUUCACUACUGUGAGAUUGUAUGCGACAUGGAUUUUGAGUAGAUUUUACGCGUCCCAGGGCAAGGCUAUGGUCGUGCUGGACCGAAAUGUGACGACGUUGGGUGCAGCCCAUGGCCACUUGCAAGUGAUUCCAGUGCCCGAGGCCUUAGCGCCGUCGGUAGUGGAAGCGUUUCAUAACGAAGGAACCAAGUACAAAGUGGAAUUUACUCCGUUGCCAGACGGGGCCGAGAUUGAAGCGUCCGAGUAUUUGCUGGUGGAGUGCCCUAGUCCACCCACGCGGCUGCUGCACACAGUACACGGCAAGCACUACAUGCAGUUUGGUCGAGAUGCCGUCGCGGCACUACUCAACAUGCCACGUCGAGGCAACUGGAAGUAUUGCGUGGUCCCGAAAGACGAAGAGGAGAAGAUGACUCGAGAUUUCAAGAACGCGUUUGCCCCGUUUGAUUUUACGCUAGCAUUGGAGUAAUAACUCACCAACAAAAAUGAACUCUCAAGGGCUGCUUUAUCUAUUAACGUUAGGAUAUAUAAUGAUG